AACUAUUAAUACAAUUACUUAUUAUACACUGGGUGAUAGAUACGCCAUUACCCAUGUUACAAAAACUGAAGCUAAGUAACCUUAAAACUACAUUUUGACAGGUUGACAGACACACACCAGAGCAAGCGAUGGAUCCCAGACACUGAACUGCGCAUGUGCGUGGAUCGUUUUAUUGAUGAAAAAAGGUCACGAACUCUGACCCUCCCACUAUCUGGAACAAACAGUUAAAAUAUUAAUUUAUUGAAAACUAUACAUUGCCUGACCCAACGGCUCUCGGCAGGUGUGCAUGCCUCAUGGGGCACUGAUGUGAAGAACAGUGGAAAAAGGUGCAUGCAGUAUCAGAAUGGAUGGACAGACUCAAAGGAUUCAACUUGUGUCAGCAGACAGCAACAUGGCAUUAGGACACAGAAUUCAGAUUGUAACUGAUCAACAGACUGGCCAGAAGAUCCAGAUCGUCACAGCACUUGAGCCAUCUUCCCCUGGAAAGCAGCAGUAUAUCCUUGCAAAUGCUGACUACUCUCCUGGUGGGAAGGUGAUCCUAGCCAAGCAGGAAGGCUCACCCAACAAGGUCAUCCUCACCUCUCCAGACGGCUCUGGGGUUAACCAGCUGUUGUUUGCCUCUCCUGAUCUGGCUGGGCAGCAGAUUCAGUUUGUGACUGACGGGUCGGACCAGUCCAUUGGGAAGCCAGUUGUGGAGUAUUGCGUUGUCUGUGGGGACAAGGCCUCAGGGCGUCAUUACGGAGCUGUCAGCUGUGAGGGCUGCAAGGGCUUCUUCAAACGCAGCAUUAGAAAGAACCUAGUGUACACAUGCAGAGGCUCUGGAGAGUGUGCCAUCAACAAGCUCCACCGAAAUCGCUGCCAGUACUGUCGACUGCAGCGCUGCAUAGCUCUGGGCAUGAAACAAGAUUCGGUACAGUGUGAGAGGAAGCCUGUUGAAGUGACAACCAGAGAGAAAUCUGUCAACUGUGCAGCCUCCACUGAGAAAAUUUACAUCCGCAAAAACCUGUGUAGCCCUCUAGCUGCCACACCCACUUUUGUGACGGACAAGGAAACUGCCAGGUCUACCAGUUUGCUGGAGUCAAGCAUGUUGCUGAACAUCCAACAACCCUUCUCCAAGCUGGAAAACACCAUCUUGAUUCCAACAUCCCCUGACAAGGAUGACCCAUCGCAAGGUGACCUCGGCACGCUGGCAAAUGUAGUGACGUCCCUUGCCCACCUCAACAAGGCCAGGGAGGCAAGUGACGGCGGCAGUGACCUGAUGGGAGUUGAAACCCUUAGCAACGGGGACAGCUCGAUGACAGACAUCCAAGGAGACGAGCAAACUGCAAGUGAUAUCACUCGAGCUUUUGACACCCUGGCCAAAGUCCUUCACCCUGGUGAUGGCUCAGCAGGAGAUUCCUUGGAGGCCACAAUGCAGCUGAUGUCAGGAGAUCAGUCAGGUCCUGUGGUGGAGCUGGAGGGGCCUAUUCUCUCUGACAGCCAUAUCCCUUUCAAGCUUAUGAUGCCUUUGCCUGUGCCAGAGUACCUCAAUGUCAACUACAUCUGUGAGUCAGCUUCACGGCUACUUUUUCUCUCUAUGCACUGGGCACGCUCCAUCCCUGCCUUUCAAACCCUUGGUGGUCAAGACAAUGACAUUAACUUAAUGAAAGCCUGCUGGAACGAGCUGUUCGCCCUGGGUCUGGCACAGUGUUCCAAUGUUAUGAAUGUUGGUACAAUCCUAAGUGCCAUUAUCAACCAUCUGCAGACCAGCUUACAGGAAGAUAAGCUGUCACCAGAUCGAGUGAAACUAGUAAUGGAGCACAUUUGGAGGAUGCAAGAGUUCUGUAACAGCAUGACCAAACUGACCCCUGACUCUUAUGAAUACGCCUACCUCAAAGCCAUCGUUCUCUUUAGUCCUGAUCACCCAGGCAUAGAUAAUACCCCACAGAUCGAGCGGUUUCAGGAGAAGGCCUACAUGGAGCUGCAGGACUAUGUAACCCGGACCUACCCUGAAGACUCUUACCGGUUAUCCAAGCUGUUGCUGCGUCUCCCUGCCCUCCGGCUGAUCAGUGCAGCUGUCACUGAGGAGCUGUUCUUCGCCGGGCUCAUCGGAAAUGUGCAGAUCGACAGCAUCAUCCCUUACAUCCUCAAGAUGGAGUCCACCGAUUAUAAUAGCCAGGCGGUCUCUGGGGUCUGACACGCUGUGUCAUUUGUAAUUGCAGCAUUGGACUUGGAAAACUGGACAGCCGGCCAAUCUGAGUGCUCCACAGACCGAUCACCAAGUGGUCACAACAUACUGUAUUUAUGACACAGCGUCCUAUGGGAAUUCUUACCUUGCUCCUACUUCUACUACUCCUCAGUCAGUAGAGCACAAAGAGGAAUGAAUAAAAUGAACUCCAGUGGCGAGUGAGCCUGCCAAUAUCUGCCCAUUCAGGAACGAACCCUUGAAACCUGCAUAGUAGAUUGCGCUUUUUAUUGUACAUAGUAUUUUAUGCUUCAUCGCCUCCAAGCCUUUCCUUUUUCUGCCGAUCUUGUUUCUACUUUGAAGGAAUCAGGUUUGUUUUCCACUGCUUUCUGACAUGGUCAUGCAUUUUUUUAUUUUCUAAUGAUUACGAGGAAAAAAAUUGUCAUAAUGUGAAUUGAUUUGUGAGGUGUUGUUAUCUCAAAAGGUUAUAACCUUUUUAUUUCAUAUUUGUUUGCCAAUCCAAAGGAUCAGGCAACAUCACUUGUCAAAUAAUUGACAUCAUGAAGUUGUUGUUGUGUAUAUAGAUUUGUAUAUAGAAUGCUCCAAGAAGGCUAAAAUGGGCAGCACUUGGUAAUAAAUGAAUUCCAUCUUUUGGACAAAAUGAUCUGGAUGGAAAUGGUCAAGACAUUUGAAAAUAAAAACACCUUCUCCUAAUAUUUGUCUCUCUAAAUUCUUCAUGAUAUGCAAUGUUGAUAUAUGAUAUGUACUGUUGUACAAGAAUGAAGUGUAGCUUCUCAUACUCUGAAUUUUGUUUGUAUGUCAGUAUUUUGGACAAGCUGACCCCCAAAUUGCCAAAAGUAUGAUGUGUUGGACCUGUGCCCAGUCAUCUCUAUAAACUGGGAGUUCAACAGCUUGGAUGAAGAGAUUCCUUUUUUGCCUCACUUAUCAAAAAAGACAAAUGGCAAGCUGAAAGUAUUGAUGUAAUGAUAUCCAAAAUUGAACAGAAUGUAAUCAAUUCUAUAAACAAUGUAUUGGCAUUUCAGGUUCAAUGUUGCCAAAAGUUAAAAAAAAAUGUAAUCCAAGUCAGUAAAUCUUGAGACCAAUGUAUAUGAAAGGUAGAAAAUUAAUUUAAACUAAUCUCUAAAUACAAGUCUAAUCUUCAAAAUACAGAGUUUGAAGGCACAAAGCAUAUCUUCUGUUCGAUGUCAGAUAUUUGUGAGUUCAAACACGAUUUGCCUCUUGGUGGUAUCUUUUCAGAAGAAAAAUUCCUCUUGUAUGUUUAUUAUACGUGCAUUUUGGUAAAACCAGAGUUUUUCUCUCUUAUUUAAAAAGGCAGUAGUGUAUCAUGCAUGAUAUCCAUAAAAUACACUUGCAUAGUUUUUGCCAUCAUUGUUAAGAGUUCAAAGACCUCAACGGAGUAUGAAAAGCCUUAAACAUUCUUUAGUUGACUAGUAUUCCAAGCUAAUCAACCUUCGACCUUUGCCAAUCAAAGACCCUUUCUUAAAAAGAGUAGAUCAUUGUGUUAUUGGUAGACAACAUUUGAAAUAACAUGGUAUCAGUUAAAUGAACAAUAUUCCACAGUUAGACUGUUGCUUGCUUGUGUUUAUCAGCCCACUGUGUAGAUCCAUGUUCACAGAUUAACUGGACAACUUUGCAGAGUAAAACCUGUCACAGCUCUUUGUUCCAGACUUGAGUUCAAAUAAAUGAAAAACUAGUAA